AUGUUACGAAGAUCUAUUCAUACAACUAAAAUUCUGAAAAAUUCUAAUGCUAAUUCGCAUAUUUGGUCGGACUUCACCAAGAGGCCUAGUUCACUUUCUAUCCAAUCUCCCAAAGUGAAAAACUAUCUUUUCCCAAAGAAGGCCUUUUCAGACCCCCCAUCCAUUAGUAGAAGAAGUAACCGUAUUAAGUACUCGCCUCCUGAACACAUAAAUGAGCUUUUCAAGAUGAGUUAUGACUUUCUUGAGCAGAGAUCUAACAAGUUUUAUGAGUUGGCUGGGAAGACAAACAAUCCUCUCAAAAAAGAUGCUUUGCUCAUAAAAGCAGAGAUCAAUAAUCCUGAGGUACAAUACAACUUUCAGUUUAAUAAUAAAGUAGACAAUUUUAAGCAUAUAAUAGACUAUGAUGUACCGGUGUACAGACAUUUGGGGAAACAACAUUGGGAAUCAUACGGCCAGAUGUUAUUGAUGCAGAGGUUAGAAACACUGGCAGCUAUCCCUGAUACACUCCCAACUUUAGUUCCACGAGCAGAAGUGAACAUCAAGUUUCCCUUCUCCACUGGUCUGAAUAAGUGGAUCGAACCUGGUGAAUUUUUAUCAUCUAAUGUCACGUCAAUGUGUCCCGUUUUUAAGGUUCAAGAAUACGACCACGUGGACGUAGAAAGACAACUGUAUACGAUAUUGGUAGUCAACCCUGAUGUUCCAAAUGUAAGCAACGAUUCGUUUAAGACAGCUUUGUGCUACGGAUUGGUGAACCUUAAAUUGGCUUACAAUGAUAAUUUGAUAGACCCAAGAAAGUUUGAUAGUUCUAACGUCGUUGCUGAUUACUUACCUCCAGUGCCUGAAAAAAAUGCUGGGAAACAGAGAUUUGUUGUUUGGGUAUUCAGACAAUCAUUGACUGAAGGUAAACAAGGUCCAAACUCAUUAGAGAUAAAUCAAGCAGAAAUAAGUAGGGAUGAUUUCGACAUCAGAAAAUUCACCAAGGAUUAUAAUUUAGAUCCUAUCGGCGCACAUAUUUGGAGAAGUGAAUGGGAUUCCAACGUUGCAGUUGUUAGAGAAAAAUAUGGUCUACCACCUGGAAGAGUCUUCAGCAGAAUUAGAAGAUGA